UUGGUGUUGAGUGAUUUGAGAAUUCCCGGAGUGAGGCGGUGAGCACGCCUCCUUUGACACAACUCACAACCAACCACUCCGCAACCUCCAGCUCUCGCUCGGCCGGCUCCUCUCCAGCAUUUUUUGACAGAAUAUUCAUACACACUGAAGAGAUAGGAAAAGGUCGGACUGACCCAAGGAAAAAUCUAAAUAUGGGACGACUACUUCGCCCAGGACUCCUCCUCCUGGCGGCCGUCGUCGGUCUGGCCGUGGCCCAGGUCCGUGUAGAAGAACUGACGAUUCUCUCAGUGGACAGGACGGUGGAUGUUUCAAGCCAAGUGGUGCUCAUUUCUAACAAGAUAAAGUUGGAAAAUACGAAUGCGGCUUCGACCAAAGUAUUUUUGUUCACUGUGGAACCCGUGCUUAAAGCGCACCUCUCAUUUAUCGGCGCAUCGACGAACAAUGGAAAGACUGGUCUGAAAACCUCUAUUGUUCAAAUCCCUGGUAAUACCGAAGCCUUAGCGUACAAGAUAGAGCUUGCGACUGAACUGGCCAAGGGGAAAACCGUUGAUUUGGAAGUCGAGCAAGUUUUCACUCAACAUCUUGUCCCUUUCCCAUCUGAAAUCACACAAAAGGAGAAGCAACUGGUGAAAUUUGUUGGAAAUCAUUAUGUGUACUCUCCAUACACAGUCAAAAAACAGUCUACGAAGGUCACCUUGUCGUCGAGAAAUAUUGAAAGCUUUUCGAAACUAAAGCCGUAUUCACAGUCGGAUAACAUCAUCAGUUUCGGCCCGUAUGAAAAUAUCGUCCCAUAUUCACAGAGUGAACUAAUCGCCCAUUAUGAAAACAAUAGUCCUUUCCUGACCAUCACAAAGUUGGACCGUUUGAUUGAGGUGUCACAUUGGGGAAAUGUCGCUGUUGAAGAGAAAAUCGAAAUUGUCCAUACAGGGGCGAAAUUAAAGGGAUCAUUCUCACGAUUUGAUUAUCAACGAGAAGCAAAUUCGGGGAUUAAUUCAAUCAAAGCUUUCAAGACAAUUUUACCCGCAUCUGCCAAGGAUGUGUACUACAGAGAUGACAUUGGAAAUAUUUCCACUUCUAACAUGUGGUCGAAACAUGAUUCAGUUGAACUUACUCUUCGUCCAAGAUUUCCACUCUUUGGAGGAUGGAAGACAAGAUACGUUUUAGGCUACAAUGUUCCUUCAUACGAAUAUUUAUUUGCUGAAGGAUCCAACUAUGCCUUGAAAAUGAGGCUCUUGGACCACGUAUUCGACUCCAUGGUUGUUGAAGACUUGUCUGUCAAGAUUAUUCUCCCUGAAGGAGCCAGCAACAUCAAGUUUAGGCCACCCUACCCAGUGAAAGAACUUGCCAGAUCUCUGCACUACACGUACCUUGAUGUCAUUGGUCGUCCUGUUAUCACCGUGUUGAGCAGCAAUCUUGUUGAAAAUCAUAUUCAGGAUUUUACUGUAGAGUACACGUUUCCAAAGGUUUACAUGCUCCGAGAACCUUUGCUCAUUGUUGCAGCUUUUUUGAUACUGUUCUUAACUGUGAUCAUCUACGUUCGUCUUGAUUUUUCCAUUUCUUCGUCCAAACCAGGAAAAGGGCCAACUGGAAAUGAAGUUGUUGUUGAAAAUGUACUCCGGAAACAUGGCAAACGAGCUCAGAUUUAUGAAAACUUUGACAGCCAACUGGUCAAACUGAAGAAUAAUAAGGAUAGUGGUUCAUUCCAAUCUGCUUUAAAAAAUAUGCAGACUGAACAUAAAACUGAGACCCAGGCCAUCAAUGAUAUUGCUAGCAAACAUCGAAGCGAGGCCCCCGAAUUAUUUGAAACUAUCACCGAACUGCAAAGACAAGAUCGUGGAUUCUGGGAAAUUUACAUAACUUAUUCUCAAACCGUCGAGAAGUUUGCAACUGGAAAGAUGCCGAGACAACAGUUUUCGGAACAAGAAGCUCAAUUUAUUCGUAAACGGGACGAAUUCGCUGAGAAAAUUAAUCAAAUUAUUAAGAAUUUGUAAUUAAUAGUUUGGUAAUUAUCUGAAAAACUUACCAAAUAUCAGUCAUUGCGGUUAAAACUAUUACAUACAUACCUUCAUGUAGUUAUCUUGUCGAAUUCUUGUAUUGUUUUUGCAGCUUCUGUGCUGUUGGUUAAUAUUUUUCAACUUUCGUGAAAAUGUAUUGUUCUAUCUAGUUGAUACGAAGUGAUAGCAAAGUGCUUAGCAUAUUUUAAUUGUAUGCUACAACUACAAAAAACAUUCUUGUAAGCUGUGUGUGAAAGGAGGAUUGUUAAAAAUAAAGCACAUGAUUUGUUACUUUUA